AUGGAUGAGGAAAACUUCACCAAUGUGAAAGAGUUCAUACUGUUAGGGUUCACAGCAGACUUGUGGUUACAGAAAGUGCUCUUUUUCAUCUUCCUCCUCAUUUAUAUCAUCAGUCUCUUAGGGAACGUCACCCUGAUUUCUCUGAUCUGUGUUGAAUCUCGGCUCCACACACCCAUGUAUUUCUUCAUUGGAAAUCUUUCGUUCUUGGACCUCUGGUAUUCUUCUGUCUAUGCUCCCAAAAUUCUUAUGACCUGCAUCUCUGAAGACAAAAGCAUCUCCUUUGCUGGCUGCCUAGCUCAGUUCUUCUUCUCAGCUGGACUGGCGUAUAGUGAGUGUUACCUGUUGGCUGCCAUGGCUUAUGACCGUUACGUGGCCAUCUCCAACCCCCUGCUUUAUUCCCAGGUGAUGUCCUCAAGACUAUGUGCCAGUCUUGUAGCAGCUUCAUACCUUGGUGGUUUUCUUAACUCUAUCCUUAUUACCAGUGAGACAUUUACCCUGAGCUUCUGUGGGAAUAAUAUCAUUGAUGAUUUCUUCUGUGAUCUGCCCCCUCUGGUAAAGUUGGCCUGUGAUGUGAAGGAGAGCUACCAAGCCGUGCUCUAUUUCAUACUUGCCUCCAACGUCAUUAUUCCCACCAUGCUUAUCCUUGCCUCCUACCUCUUCAUCGUUGCUGCUAUCUUGAGGAUCCGCUCCACCCAAGGUCGCCUGAAGGCCUUCUCCACUUGUGCCUCUCACAUGACAGCUGUCACCUUGUACUAUGGUUCAAUUCUCUUCAUUUACUCCCGACCAAGUACUAGCUACACCCUGGAAAGGGAUAAAGUGGUAUCUGUGUUCUAUACUGUGGUGAUUCCAAUGUUGAAUCCUUUGAUCUAUAGCUUAAGAAAUAAAGAUGUUAAAGAUGCCCUGAGGAAAAUGGUAGACAGAGCAAAGUGUUCCUAA